AUGAGGUCCAUCCUGGUCAUCUCUCUCCUCAGUUGCUUCUUUGCGGCCUACGAGGCCAAAAUCUUCCCCAGAUGUGAGCUAGCCAAGAAGCUGAAGGCCCAGGGGCUGGAUGGCUACCAGGGCUACAGCCUGGCAAACUGGGUCUGCUUGGCUGAUCAUGAGAGUAGCUACAAUACUAAAGCCUUCAAUGGGAAAAAUUCUGAUGGCAGCAGUGACUAUGGGAUCUUCCAGCUGAACAACAGGUGGUGGUGCACAGACAGCAAGUAUCCCUCUGCGCACGGCUGCAACAUGGCAUGCAGUAAAUUUUUGGAUGACAACAUUGAUGAUGACAUCGCCUGUGCCAAGAGAGUUGUGAAAGAUCCCAAUGGGAUAAGUGCCUGGGUUGGCUGGGUUAAACACUGCAAAGGAAAAGAUUUGUCUAAGUACUUGGCUGGCUGCAAUCUGUGA